AUGUACACGCUUUUUGAGCGUCCGAAGUCUGUGAAUGAGAGACUGAUAACGUAUCUUCAAAGUCAGAAGGAAAGAUCGAGGAAGAGUCCAAUUCGAUCACCAGGGUCCGAUAGCAGAAAGUCCGACAAGUCGGCAGGCUCACCAAUGAUUGCCGAGAAGGAUACGCCGAUUUUAAAAGAACUCUUGCGCAAGAACGACGAAGAAUCGACGCCAAGGUCAAGGCGCGGCACGAAGCGUCCAAAAGACGACGACUUCAUUUCGGGACCGCGAGAUACUGGUUUAAACGAUGGCCCGCCGCCACCAUCAUUAUCUUGCAGAUCAAAUGAUUCUGGCUCCAGUAAUACCAUGAUGCUCCAACAGAAUCAGAAUCAGCGCAUCUCACCCACUCCUCAACUCACUGAAGAGCAAAAGCAGGCCAAGCUGGAGGAAGAAAAAACAGAGCGAUACAUCAAGUUCGUCACCGCUUUUAGCAAGCGCGCAAGAGCGGCGAUGGAACAGCAACAACAGCAACAAGCAAACUCUUCUGUAAAUCAAGCGACCCCCAAUCCUCCGACUUCUCAAUGUCCUCCCGUUCAGCGACAAAAUUCUCAACCGAUGGUUAGUACCGAGUCCAAGGGCGCCUUUCAAGAGGGUGACAGUCAAAUCCGACGGAUGCUAGUCAGUAAAGACGGCCCCGCCGUCUUUCAGCCAAAUCGCGGAGCUCACAACCUUAACGCGCCAAAGCGGCUCAAUCGAUCUGGAUCUGUACCUAGCAAUAGUAUGAACAGUCAACCCCAAGUUCAACAGCAUAUGCACCAUCAGCAACAUCUGCAACCCCCUCAGCUCUCCCCUCAGCCUGGAAUGAACAAUCAAUUCAAUCAAGGCAAGCCGCUCGAAGUCGUCAACGUCGUCCAAGUCUCCCCACGUGGUUAUCAACAACGAAGCCCUCAAGAUGUUCAAAUGGAAAGGCGGCGUUCUUACGGAGACGUCAACACUCUCCAAAAUUACGUCCCUAAUUCUCCGAUGUCACCUCAUUUCCCGCAAAAUGCGGACUUUCAGAUGGCGAAGGAUGAGAGCAAGAACCAAUUUAUUGCGCCGCCGAACCGUUCACGAAAUCAAUCGCUUCCUCCAACCGAUUUGAAUGGGCAAAUUCAGUCGAUGACAUCGCCUCUCCAAUCACCCGUGUCCCCCAUGGGCGGGCCUGUAUCCCCUUACGCGAGUUCGAUGCCUUCUCCCAGCGGGCCAAUGAUGAGCCCAGUGAUGGGUCCUCAAAAGAACUUCUUCGGACAUCCUACCUCACAAAUGAGCGGGCCACUUCGUGUCUCUUCUGUCCAGCAAGGACCUAAUAACAAACAAGGCAAUAAUGGUGGUCAAAUGCACCAAGUUCAAGGCUCGCACAAGACUGUUCAAAGCUACCCGAACAUAAUUGGUAUUUUGAAUCCCGCUCAGCGAAACAAUCAACAACGAUUCACAGUUCAGCAGAGUCGACCGAAUUUCAACCAGCCUCAGCAGCAGCAUAACCGUAUCCCUGCUUCAAUGAGCCAUCCAAUGAGCUACUCGCAGCAGAUGAGCCCAAAUCCACAACCACUUCCAGCCCAAAAUCGAAUGACAAACAACAACCAUCAGCAACAGUACGCGCUACAGAUGGCUCCGCAAAAACAGCAUCAACAGUCUACUUUAUCCAACGAUUUGAAGGAUCUAUCACUUCCCCUUCUUGGCUCAAAUGACUUCAGCAGUGACCUAGGUUGCUUGGAUUUUCUGGAUAACGAAAUGCCCCUCAAUGGCGCAUUUGAAUCUACUAACAAGCUGAUUCAGUAG